UGAUAUGAGAAAUGAUUGUCUUAAAAAGAAAAUACAAAAUAAUAAUAAUGUGAAUAAAAAAAGGAAUAAACAAAAAAGGAAGAAAAGAGAGAGAGAAAGAAAAGGGCAAAGAAGGACUGGGCAUCGGUCCUUCUUCUACUUUUUGUAUUGGGCGAUUUGAUUGAUGGCCAUAAGGCCUUCCUUGGAAUUCACCGUCUCUCACCACCACCACAACCUACUCUCUCUCUUUCUCGCACGCCCUCACACUGCUUUCUUCUCCCCUCACCUCCUCUCGGUUUCUCAGUCCUCGCGCCCUCUCGUCCGCCGUAUUGCGUCGUCGGCGACUCCCGUUCCUCACCGCCAUACGACGUCGCACCGCCCACCGAGGCCGCUUCAUCCUUUCCCAGAAACCCUGGCGCAGAAGAUCUGUAAAUCGAUUCGCCGCCCUGGCGCCGCCUCCAAGGCUAGGAUUUACUCCGAUGUCAACGUGAUCCGACCCAAGGAUUACUGGGACUACGAGUCCCUCACCGUCCAGUGGGGGGAGCAGGAUGACUACGAGGUGGUGAGGAAGGUUGGGAGAGGAAAAUACAGUGAGGUGUUUGAGGGGGUUCACUGCACAGAUAACGAGAAAUGUGUUAUCAAGAUUCUCAAACCUGUUAAAAAGAAGAAGAUUAAGAGGGAGAUUAAAAUAUUGCAGAAUCUUUGUGGAGGACCCAACAUUGUGAAGUUGCUUGAUAUUGUCAGGGACCAGCAAUCAAAGACCCCUAGUCUCAUAUUUGAAUAUGUGAAUAAUACAGAUUUUAAAGUGCUUUAUCCGACGCUCUCAGAUUAUGACAUACGAUACUAUAUCUAUGAACUUCUCAAGGCUUUGGAUUAUUGCCACUCGCAAGGUAUUAUGCAUCGAGAUGUGAAGCCCCAUAAUGUUAUGAUCGAUCACGAGCAGCGUAAGCUUCGCCUUAUAGAUUGGGGCCUUGCCGAGUUCUAUCAUCCUGAGAAGGAGUAUAAUGUUCGUGUUGCUUCAAGGUAUUUCAAAGGUCCUGAGCUUCUUGUUGAUUUACAAGAUUAUGAUUAUUCUUUAGACUUGUGGAGUCUUGGUUGCAUGUUUGCUGGAAUGAUAUUUCGUAAGGAGCCAUUCUUCUAUGGACAUGAUAACUAUGAUCAGCUAGUCAAAAUAGCAAAGGUACUUGGGACAGAUGAAUUAAAUGCUUAUCUGCACAAGUACCGAAUAGAGUUAGACCCACACCUUGCAGCUCUAGUUGGGAGGCAUAGCAGGAAACCAUGGACAAAAUUCAUUAAUGUUGAUAAUCAGCACUUAUCGGUUCCUGAGGCUAUUGACUUCGUAGACAAGUUGCUGCGUUAUGAUCACCAGGAAAGGCCAACUGCAAAAGAAGCAAUGGCCCAUCCUUACUUCUAUCCGAUCAGAAAUGCAGAAAGCAGCAGAACUCGCACCCAGUAGAUUUGAGUUCUAGAUGCUUGUCUAAUCAUGGUGAGUUCUUGGUUGGAUCUUCCCUCUGUAAUCUGCCCUCAGUUUUUAUGGCUUUGGUUGAGUUCAGAUAUAGGGUUUGCCAGUGUUUGGUUUGUUAUAAGACUCUCAGUUCUUUUUAUUUGUUAGAUUUCUGUGGACUUGCUUUGUCAAUUUUUCAUGUGUACCCCAAACUUGUGAAUGGGUUAGUAAUUUGAUGUCAGGCUGGGUUAUGUAAUUUGAUUUCCUCCAUUCCUCUUUAAUCAAUGGAAAUGAUUUGUAUUCUGAUUCUGACAGGAGUGGGUGCUUUCUUUCUUCCUCCAUUCUUCAAUCAUAUGGAAGAUUUGUCACUUUGAUUGUACUCGCAAAUGAAUUUUACAAGAAAAUGGCAGAUAAUGUUACUUAUAA